AUGGUAAGGCCUUCACAGAGUAUGUAUGAUAGACACUUGACGAUUUUUUCUCCAGAUGGGAAUUUAUAUCAAAUAGAAUAUGCUAUAAAAGCAGUAAAAAAUACAAAUAUAACCUCCGUAGGAGUAAAGGGACAAAACUGUGCUGUGAUAAUUUCUCAGAAAAAAAUGGCUACACAAUAUAUUUCUCAAGAUAAAUUAUUAGAUUAUAAUAACAUAACUAAUAUAUAUAAUAUAACAGAUGAAAUAGGAUGCUCAAUGGUAGGUAUGCCAGGAGAUUGUUUAAGUAUGGUUUAUAAAGCUAGAUCAGAAGCAUCCGAAUUUUUAUAUAGUAAUGGAUAUAAUGUAAAUGCAGAAACGUUAUGUAGAAAUAUUUGUGAUAAAAUACAAGUCUUUACACAACAUGCCUAUAUGAGACUACACGCUUGCAGUGGAAUGAUUAUUGGCAUGGAUGAAAAUGAUAAACCUGAACUUUUUAAAUUUGAUCCUUCUGGUUUUUGUGCAGGAUAUCGUGCUUGUGUGAUUGGAAACAAAGAACAAGAGAGUAUAAGUGUUUUAGAAAGAUUAUUAGAAAAAAGAAAGAAGAAAAUACAACAAGAAACAAUAGAUGAAGAUAUACAAAAUACUAUCAUUUUAGCAAUUGAGGCUUUACAAACAAUUCUUGCAUUUGAUUUAAAGGCAAGUGAAAUAGAAGUUGCAAUCGUAUCAACAAAAAAUCGUAAUUUUACACAAAUAUCUGAAAAGGAAAUAGAUAAUUAUUUAACAUAUAUAGCUGAGAGGGAUUAG